AUGGAUGAUAUUGUAAAAUUUGUUAAAAUUGUGGACUCUCAUUAUCCAGAUGAGAUAUAUGUGAAUAAAAACCUGACGAAACUAGUCAAGAAAAUAAUAGUAGUCGAUUCUGAAACCGAAGAUAUAAAGAAUUCUGCUGAGUUAUACAAUGGGAGAUAUUUAACGUACUCUCAAAAUAAAGAAGAAUGUGAAAUUGAAUUUUCAAAAAUUUUAACAAUCUUAGAUAAUAAUUUAGGAGAUAUAUACACAAUCAAAAAUAAAAAGUUGUAUGGGAAUUCGAAACCUUGGAAAGAGAAUAAAAUACAAGAAAUGAAGACUGAAGGUUUAAUAUAUGUAGUUUACCAUUUGGAAGACGAAAAAAAAACGGUUUCUUUAUAUUUGUCAUUCACAUUAACAAAAGAAAGUGGCUUUUUGCCUGAUAUAGAUGUAUUUUCACCAGUUAUAUAUUUAUAUGAAAUUCAAUUAACACCCGAAGUAAGAAAUAAUGGUCUAGGUACCAAGUUAAUAGCUGGUUACCUCAAAGAUUGUUUAGUGGAUGUUCAUGAAAAUAUCCAUAAAGAUAUAAUUGGAAUUGAAUUAACUGUAUUUUCAGAUAAUACCAAUGCAAUUAGAUUUUAUGAGACAAUCGGAAUGAAAUUAACACCAGAUUCUCCAAAUGAUAAAACAAUAAAUUACGGGCAUAGAAUUAAGACUAGAAGUCAAAAUAGUUCGAAAAAGGGAUCAAGUUCAGAUAAACCGACUUCAUUAUCAGUAGUUAAAAAACCAGAUUACUAUUUAUAUUAUUUACCUUUAUAG